GUCAGAGAAGGCGGGGCGUGUUGUUUUCUACGUUUCCUCGGGAGUGCGCGGGAGUUUGGUUUGUGUGAUAAGUACUAAUUAUGAUGGCAAUUUUGCUUCACUUUGGAGUAUUGAUAACAGCAUUCUUAAGUAGCCACGUGGAAGGAAAGAGGGAUCCAAUAUUGUACUGUGGAGCCUGCAGGGCAUUGGUAGAUGAGCUGCUGUAUGAAAUUAGAAAAGUUAACCCAAAGAAGACAGUUGACGUGGGGUCAUUCAGGAUAAGUCCGGAUGGAAAACAAGAACAGAAUAAGGUACCCUUUGCAAAAUCCGAAUUGUACUUGACUGACGUUUUGGAAGAAAUAUGUGAAAAAAUGAAUGAUUAUGGACUCUAUGUGGACCCUACAACUCAGGAAAAAUCAUAUAAAAGAUUUGCUCCUAGAGAUAACGAGGGUAUUGGCUCAGUGGAUUUCAAGAAUUUCCAGUUCAAUCCUGAAGAGUCCAACUCUCUAAAAUAUGCGUGCGAGCGAGUAGUAGAGGAGCAUGAAGACGAAGUGUUAUCAGUUAUCACCAAGGAGAAUGAUAAUCUUGCUGACAAGCUGUGCACUGAGGAAACAGGUCUUUGCAAAGAAUACCUGCACAAUGAAUUAUAGAAGGUUUUGCAACUUUUCCAGAGCCUGCAAUCAUAAAUCUGAACACUAUAAAUUUCUGCCAUUGUAAA